AUGGAGAACCUCAUACGGGAACGCGAUAUCGCUGGACUGGAGCAACAUUUCGCAGGCGCCAAGGAUGAGUUCCGCCCGGAAUUCCUUCAAAAUCACGUCGACUGCCUGCUGCAAGGGCUCGUCCUCCAGGCCGUCGACGGCACCGAGGACCCGAUCGCCAGCGUCGAGUCGAUCUUGUCGUUUGCGUUCGAUUUGCUGGGAAAAGGCCUAUGCACACCCUCUGCCCCCACGCAUUGCAUAGCCGACGCGCUGGAGCUCUGCGAGGUCACCGUCUGCGAGCGAAUGUUUUCGAUACUCGAGGAAAGGCAGGAGGAUUUUAAAAAGCUCGACUUCCAACACAUACCCAUCCUUCGCAUCUGCAACGACAUGCUCAAGCGGCUUUCUCGCUCCACGAACACGGCAUUUUGUGGCAGGAUUUUGUCGUUUUUGAGCAGAUAUUUCAAGCUGACCGAGAAGUCGGGGCUGAACUUGAACGGACAAUUCAACACGUUCAACGAGACGCUCUUUGACCAGCUCGAAGCCGAGGAGGCCAGCACCUCUAACGCAAACGCCGAGGAGGGCGAGGACACGGAGGAGCGCAUCGCCGAUGCAUUGGGCAAGUCAUCGGUCGACCCGGCGUUCUACAGAAAUUUCUGGAGCCUGCACGCCUUCUUCGCCGACCCGAACAAGUGCUACACAGCCGCCGAGUGGAAAAAGUUUCAAUCGGGUCUGCGUGAGGUGAUCGUCUUCUUGGCAGCGCACAAGCUCGACAAGGAGAGCCGAAACAAGCGGAAACGAAAAGCGACCGCCUCCAAACCUACAGCAUACUUUGCAAAGUACCUCACCAACGUGAAGCUCUUCUCGCUUCAGCUGGCCGAUUCGCAGUUCCGGCGUUCCUUCCUGAUUCAGUGCCUCAUCCUGAUGCAGUAUCUACGCGCUGACGUCAAAUCUCGAACAAAAACAUCGAUUAUGACGGAGGAGCAGAAGGCGUUCACCAUCGAGAUGGAGGAGAAGUGCUACAAGCUGCUGCGUGACACCCACCCGAACGGCCAGCACUUUUCCGACUCGGUGAAGAAAGUGCUGCAACGCGAGGAGACCUGGAACCAGUGGAAGAACAAGGGGUGCCCCGAUUUUACGUCGAACAAGAAGGAGGAUAAGCUGAUACGCUAUGCGAAGCGCCCCGCCACUGCCUACGACGCCAACGAUCUCGGCUCGGCUGAUCUCAACGUCGUUUGGAAGGGGGCCCAGGAUUCGGUUUUGGAGUCUUGCCAAGCCGAAAGCAGAAAAUUCACCCCGGAAGUCGUCAACUUUUUGCAAGACCCCCUCGACGAGGCCGACCCGGAUCAGCAAGUCGAGGAGAAAUACAGAUCAAUCUACGAGCCCGGCUUCCAGUGGCGGUGCGCGCGAUUGUUGGCCGCGCGCAGCAAACAAUAUCUCUCCACGACGACCGUCGCCGGAGCCGACAAGAAGCGCGACGACUCGAGAUCCAUCCCCAAGUUUUUGGAUAACGCUAUUCUACGCGCCGCCUAUGAAAUUCCGGUACUUCGCGAACGAUUGACGAACGAUGAGCUAAGACGUCGUCAAGCCCUGCUGGCCUUCCAGGCAAAGGCGACGGCCAGCCAGUCUAAUGGCACAAACUCCACGCAAUCCGACACGUCGAUCGGCGACUCCCAAAUCGAGCAGCUCGGCGAUGAGCUGGCGGACAAGUGGGAGCUGCUCGCCUCGGCGCUCGGGCUCGAUGAAGCGCAAAAGGACAGGCUGCUAGCCGCCCACCAGGAGCCCUCGGUGUGCUGCAAGAUUCUGUUGGCCCAGUGGACGGAGGCGCGUGACGGCAUGGCCACCUCCCACGAUCUCGUCGCCUUCCUCAAGGACCACCAACUCUACGACGAAAGAUUUAUCAGCUUUUUGCCGGCUCCCGUCGAGGAGGAGGAAAUGGACGUGACGACCAGCAUGAGC